AUGGCUUCGUUAGCAGCGGCGCAAGUUCAGGAGGUCCGUUCGAUAACUCGUAUUGAGCGUAUUGGCGCCCAUUCACACAUUCGCGGUCUGGGAUUAGACGAUGCCUUGGAACCACGAGCUAUAUCUCAGGGCAUGGUGGGCCAGAAGAUGGCGAGGAAGGCCGCCGGGGUGAUCUUACAGAUGAUUCGAGAAGGUAAAAUAGCAGGCAGAGCGGUAUUACUCGCCGGUCAGCCAGGAACGGGGAAGACAGCCAUCGCUAUGGGUCUAGCACAGGCCUUGGGACCAGACACACCAUUUACUAGCAUGGCUGGAUCAGAAAUAUAUUCUCUGGAAAUGAGCAAGACUGAAGCUUUGACGCAGGCCAUAAGAAAAUCAAUCGGGAUACGAAUUAAGGAGGAAUCUGAAAUCAUAGAAGGUGAGGUUGUAGAAGUAGUGGUGGAAAGAGCCGCGGGAGGUGGGGGAGCGAGGUCUGGUCGUCUGACCUUGAAGACAACAGACAUGGAGACCACAACACCAUACUCUCAUCAGGAACUUAGAGAGAUAUUGAAUAUUAGAUGCGAAGAAGAGGACUGUCUCAUGUCAGCGGACGCGUUAACAGUACUCACCCGGGUCGCAACCGAAACCUCCUUGCGGUAUGCGAUACAGCUCAUAACCACUGCGUCACUGGUCGCUAAGAGACGGAAGGCUACUGAGGUGAGCAUGGAAGAUGUCAAGAAGGUAUACUCGUUGUUCUUAGACGAGCACCGCUCCGAACAGUUCCUCAAAGAAUAUCAAGAUGAGUUUAUGUUCAACGAGGGUUCUGGGGAUGCACCACAGCUCAUGGAGGUCGCUCAGUAAUUUAGUAAUUAAAUAAAAAUUGAAUCUUACCAAUAUUCCACGAAGCUUUACUAUAAACGAAUACAAUGUUUUUUUUUUUUGAAAGAGGUGAUUU